CGCGGGGCGGGGCUUGUCGCCAGGUGUUUGCGGCCCUUAGGAACGGGCCUGGAAAGCCGGAGGGAGGAGGCAAGUGGCCUCCGUAAGUCCUUUCAUAUUUAUGUGUACACACGUUACAUCAUUUUAAAUAACAGAUCAGGAUGGCUGACAAUCAUUAUGACAGCGCUGAGCAAAAGAUGGGGAACGUUAAUGAAAGCACACCACUAACUAGUGGCAGCAGGAGGAAUCUCUACACAGAGGUGGAUUUAAGAGCAGAAUCCUGUAGUUUAGUUGAUGAAGUAACAGCAAACUCAGAUUUUGAGGACUCUACGAUUGAUUUCAGUAAUAAGCCCCCAAACUGUUUUGUGACAUCAGAUUCCAGCAUCGAUGCACUGUGUGAGCGAACAAAACAGCUGGUUAAUGAAAUAAACAAAAGUAGGAUAAAGGACCACAAGUUGAUGAGCAGCUUUAAAGACACUCUUAUUUUGAAGGUUUCAGAAUUCUCAAAGAAGAUAGAAGAAGGAUUGUUUGAAAUCUACAGUAAUGAGAACAAAUUGAUUGAGGACAUGCUGCAGGAGCUGUUGAACAUCCUCGAUAGGGUCAGAUGUUUGGAGUCUGAACUUAAACAGACCUGCACUGCCAUGGCAACAGUCUACAAAGACAUGUGUACUCAACCAGAAGUAUAAGUGUUAUCUUACUACAUAAUGGGCUCUGCAGAAUAACUAUUCACAUCUUUUCUUUCCCUUCUCUUUAAAGAGUUCAGUGUCGUCGGUAGAAAAUGCAAUUACCUAUAGAUUUCUUGGUGGCCAGUUGGCUUUCUAUUAAGUAAUGGGUUUUUUUUGCAAUCCAGUAAAGUUAUGCUUUGAACACAACCUCUGCAAAAUUCCAGGGCCCACCCAAUUUUUAACCCAUUCAAAACUCAUCCACUUGCUUGAGUUAAACUCAGGUCUCCCAUUGCCUUAAUCUGUGAAAUUGUACUGUAGUUUCUGCUUGGCAGAUUUUCUUACCGUAACAAUUGUAAAAUAAGUUGUUUGAAAACUACUUUACAGAUUGUUACAUUUAAAAAAAAAUGGAGGUGGUUGCACUGUUGAUGUAACACUGUGUGCAGUGGUGUAGUUGACAUGCAUUCAAAGCCACGAUUCUCUCACAGCCUGGUUGCAGUCUUGACCAUGUUGUCAAGGAAUUGGACAUAAAUGGGUGACAGCUCCCCAAAUACACAUACGGCCACACUCACCUCAGGCUGCAGGCACUGUGGUAACUUGGAAUUCAUAAGGGAGGUUACUCAUUUUAAAAUAUAUGCUAAUAAUUGUAAAUUCUGGUGUGUAGCUUGGUUUAAAUUAAAGGUGGUUGUAUUCGAAA